CAGCCUUCCGCGGGAAAUCCAGUUGCUUACUGCGUGAACUGUAUUUUUCUUGUUUCAAAUACAAAAAUAACAACAGCAACUAUAUAACAUCUUACAACGUGAGUGCCAAACACGUUAUUGUUUGUGGACGUUGCUGAUAUAACCAACAAAACAAAAUGUCAAAGAAGAAAGGACUAUGUUUGGAGGAGAAGAGAACUCGCAUGAUGGAGAUUUUCUUUGAAACGAAAGAUGUGUUUCAGCUGAAAGACAUUGAGAAGAUCGCCCCUAAGACGAAGGGCAUAACUCCCAUGAGUGUGAAAGAAGUGCUGCAGAGUCUGGUGGAUGACAACAUGGUGGACUGUGAAAGAGUGGGUACAUCCAACUACUACUGGGCCUUUCCCAGCAAGGCCCUGAACGCUCGCAAGCACAAACUGGAAGAGCUGCAAAAACAGAAUUCUCAAGCAAAGCAGCGGAAAGAGUCUUUACAGAAAGCAGUUGAAAAAGCGAAAGUGGGCCGUGAAGAUACAAAGGAGAGAAGUUCUAUCCUGGCGGAGUUGAAGGCUCUGAGAGAAGAGCGAACUCAGCUGCAGGCAGAGUUGGAGAAGUACAGAGAAUGUGACCCAGAAGUGAUUGAGGAGAUGAGAAAGUCAAAUGUUGUAGCAAAAGACGCUGUUUCCAGGUGGACAGACAAUAUUUUCUCCAUCAAGUCCUGGACAAAGAAGAAGUUUGCCUUUGAUGACAGCCGCAUUAAUAAAGCCUUUGGGAUCCCUGAGGACUUUGACUACAUGGACUGACUGCCAGCUUUUAGACCAUAGUUCAUGGUCACAAUAAGUGUUUAAGCCUCAGACUGAAGCCAGCAUUCCCGGUCUCAGCAGUUCUAGUUUAUGGUCCCUGUAUUAGAGGUAAGAUAAAUGCACCAAGAUUCAGAUUUAUGGGCUCCGGUGAGCUUGGAAUAAGGAUGAAUAUCAGUCAUUUUGCUGCUGUGGAGGGACUUCAUCAGAUGUGUUGCUUUGGUGCAACCAGAGAAGAGAAGCACCGACCAGUAGUGCGAUAACAACCUUUUGGGACACCUGUUUGCAUGAAAACUGAGAACCCCAAGCUGAUGAUGGAAAUGAAUCAACACUUAACACAUCUGUGUAGCCAGUGAUCUAAUUUAUAUGGUUUAAACAGAUGGUUUGGAAUCAAUGCUUGUGUACUUUUCCUUUAUGUUUUCAUAUUUAUUUUUGUUUGGGGGGUAAAAAAAACCUUGUAAGCAACAACUUCAUUCAAAAAAUGUGCACUGGGACUGGUGAAUUAAAUUACAGAGGAUAUGUUAUGUCUACAAGUGCUGUACAUUUAAUUUUUGCAGAACCUUAUGUUUCAAAUUAAAAGAGUUUUACAAGCUGUU